AUGGACACCGCAGCAGUGCUGACUGUUCUGGCCCUGGUUAUGGCCGUGGCAGGCGUCAGCCAGGCGAUGCAGGACCAAAGAGGUCUGGACAACAACAACAUCCUGCCAGGCAGCUCCGAGGAGAACAUGGCCGAGCGCCUGCUGGGACUGGAGAGCGAAAACAUAGAUAACAGCAUUGCUGAUCGUCUGCUGACCUCAGUGCUGAGAUCUCUGCUGCUGGGAGCCCAGAGAGACACCAGGAACUCUGUCCUCCAUCAGCCACAGAGGUUUGGCCGUGGCUUCAGAGGACAGGUAGUGACAGAGGAUCAGAUACAGUCCCGGGACUGGGAGGCUGCCCCCGGCCAGAUCUGGAGUAUGGCCGUGCCACAGAGAUUUGGCAAGAAGUAG